ACAGGGCAGGAUCUACUUCCGGUAGCUGCCCGGAACCGGCGCUUGCGAGGGGGGAUUAGGGGGAGGGUCUCAUUUACUAGGCAGCGAUGGCGGCGGGGAGUGGCGGUAGCUGCCUGGAUGCGCUGGGCCCCGGGGAGCUGCUGUCGGCGGCUCACGCGCUCUCCCUGCCGGCCGAGGCCUACGGCAACGACCCUAACAUUGAGAUGGUUUGGGCCAUGAAGGCUAUGCAGCAUGCUGAGGUUUAUUACAAUUUGAUUUCUUCAGUUGACCCACUGUUCCUAAGACUCACUAAAGUGGAUGACCAGAUCUAUUCAGAAUUCCGGGAGAAUUUUGGGAAGCUCAAGAUAGAUGUGUUGGACCCAGAAGAGCUCAAAUCAGAACCAGCUAAAGAAAAGUGGAGACCAUUUUGCAUGAAGUUUGAUGGUAUUGUCGAAGAUUUCAACUAUGGUACACUACUGCGGCUGGACUGUACUCAGGGGUAUAGUGAAGAAAACACCAUCUUUGCAACCAGGAUACAGUUCUUUGCUAUUGAAAUAGCUAGGAACCGGGAAGGUUUUAACAGAGCUGUUUACAACAGUGCUCAGCAGAACAGAGCAGCAGAGAAAGACAGCACCAUGUCCAGGUAAAGAUUGCAGGAGCUACCAGUCUUUCAGAUCACUGAAUCUAAUAUCCAGGAGGACUUGCAGGAACCUUUGUGGAUUAAAGAGGCAUCAUUAUUUGGCAUCUGCUCUGUGUAGUUUCCUGACUGGACCAUUGGAAGUAUCACACAAACUCUUCUCAGGGUGUGCAAAAGAGGCAGUGUUCAGAACUGCUGAACAAUCAGUUCAGGAACAGUCAGUUUAAAAAUAUUGAUCAAGACUAGUAUGGAUAUAGGCCAUACGUUAAGAAAAGAAAAUAUACAAAAAUACAAGAUACUGCUGAGUAUGUUCAUGAACUUUAUAUGGGAACUUUUAUAAAAAGGACUUCCUUUAUAUUGUACCCUUCCUGCUUCUUUCAAAGUGUUCUAAGGAGUAAAUAAUUCUUAAAAUGUAUGUGUUCUUUAAUUGCUCUUAACUCUUGGGCAACCAUAUAAUAGCUGUCAACUUUGCUAUAUCUCUUGUACAUUUGUGGGUUAACAGGUUAUACUAUUUCCUGUAAUGUGUAAAAGCAGGUUUGGUUACAAUGGUAACCUGCCAGCUAUUGGCAUUAUACCAAUUAUGCUUUAAUAUCCAUACCAUGACUAGAACACUUAAAACAGCAGAUAAGAAUAAAUUCAGUAGAAACCA